GUGGAAAGUAUGUCGGCAGCUUGCAUAGCUGGAUGGCUUCAGCGCAACCCUACCGCCAAAGCAUCGUUGACUCUGGAUGGCGAAACUAUCGAUCUACCUGUAUACACCUUACGAAGAAGAAAUGCCGUCGUGGCUGACUUACCUGACGCUCCA